AUGCCGUACAUUGCAAGCUCCAAGCGGUCAAGAACCGACGGCGACGAGAACGAAGACAUCCUGUCGGAGUCUGCUGCGCCAAGUUUCCGCCAGGAACCACGUAAACGAGUUCGAUUAUCGCAACAGCCCGAAGACGACGAUGAGUCGAGCGACGGCAGCGCCUUGGUGGUUGAUCUUUCUACCGACGGCGAAGAGGACUCCGUACUCGGAGACCAGGAAUCGAACCAAGCAUCCCACGAUCCGGUCGGCGACCACCUCGUGAAUACCCCUGCAGAAUGUGGAAUCAUCGAAGAGGUGUCCUGCACCAACUUCAUGUGCCAUUCACGCCUGGAAGUUAAGUUGGGACCGCUUAUCAACUUCAUCAUUGGGCACAAUGGAAGUGGGAAAAGCGCGGUGCUCACAGCAUUAACUUUAUGUCUCGGCGGCAAAGCAGCUUCGACAAAUCGUGGGCAGAGUUUAAAAGCGUUCAUUAAAGAGGGUCAAGAGAACGCCACUCUUGCCGUCAAACUCAAGAAUCAAGGCCCUGGCGCAUACAAACACGAUGUGUACGGGAAGUCGAUUAUCGUAGAACGACAAUUCAGCAAGUCUGGCUCGAGCGGGUUUCGAAUCAAGAGCGCUCAAGGCAAAAUCAUUUCUACGAAGAAGAAGGACCUAGAGGAUAUCACUGAUGCCUUUUGUUUGCAGCUUGACAAUCCCAUGAUGGUCUUGACGCAGGACAUGGCAAGGCAGUUUCUCAGCUCAUCUACACCAUCGGACAAGUAUAAGUUUUUCUACAAGGGGACUCAGCUGGAGACACUCGACCACGACUACAAGCUCAUUGCGGAGAAGAUUGAUUUGAUCGAGCAUCAGAUGGAGCUCAAAGAACAGGAUUUGGGCGUUCUGAAGCGGAGGUACCAGGAUGCCAAGAAACAAUCGGAGCGUGCUGAAGCUAUGCGAAGCAUCGGCGAUAAGAUACGCGAGAAUAGCCGCAAACUUGCCUGGUGUCAAGUUGUCGAACAAGAAAAUCUCUUGGCAGAACAUGAGAGGAAGCUCGAGACCAACAUGGAAAAGAUCGAGUCCCUUCGCGAAUCGCAAGAAGCAAUGUCCGUUGUCUACGAACAAGAAGAUGAGAAGGCCACCGAUUGCCACAACACAAUUGUGAGUCUACGCGACAGCAAGCAGCCUCAUGAAGACGAGCGGAAGAAGUGGAAAGAGGCAUCCGACGAGAACAGCUCCGAUCUCACCGACGCAUUAGGGCAAGAGCGAGACGUUCAUGGCGAGCGGGAAAGCGCCCGCAAGGGUGUCGCAAAGUGUCGUCAGGACAUCGAGGCAGAAAAACGACGUAUUGAAAUGGUCGAUGGAGGAGAACACGCCCGCAAACAAGAAGAGCUGGUCGAGGUGAAGGCCAAGUUGCAGCGGGCAAUUCAGGAGCUGGAUCAGAAUAAGAAAGAUCUGGCCGACCUUCGUGAAAACGAUAAAAGCGCAGUGAAUGACGUUAGAGCCGCUGAGGAUCGGCUCCGCGAAAAGGAAGGGGAGAUCAAGAUGAAGGAACGCCAGAUUAAUGACCUAGGCAAUCAAGAGCGCCAGUGGAUGGAUGCAUACCCACGAGGGUUGCAGCAGUUGCUACGGCUGAUCCAGAAUGACCGAAGAUUCCGCGAACGUCCCGUUGGACCUAUUGGCAGCCAUGUCCGACUGAAAGAUCCCAAAUGGUCUUCCGUUCUGGAACGCUUCUUUGGGGGUGUCCUGAACAACUUUGUGGUGACCUCACCGGCCGAUCGACGAGUGCUGGCGGAACUUAUGACCAAAGCUGGCUACAAUUUCCCGAUCAUCAUUGGCAAUGGUGACCCGUCCAUCAUGGAAAAGGUUUCGCGGAACGAGCCAGCUCCGCACAUCCUGACCAUCAUGCGUGUGCUCGAGAUUGACAACGAUUUGGUCCGCAACCAACUGAUUAUCAACCAGUCGAUUGAACAUACCGCCCUUGCCGAAAACAUCCCAGCCGGAACGAAGCUGAUGACGUCGGACAAGCCAGCUAAAGUCAAGCGCUGCCUUUCGCUGAAUGAGCACAGACGAGGUUUCGGUCAAAUGCUUUCGCUUACUCAAGCUGGUGGGCACACGUCUGGGCCUGUCAACGUAUGGAGAGAUGCGCCCCGAAUGUUAGGUGAGGUUGAUGCGCAACUUGAUAUUGAACGGGAAGCCCUUCAAGCGCUGAAAUCCGAAUUCUCGGAUUUGCAGAACGACAAGCGAUCGGAAACCCGCAAGCUAGAAGAAUGCCGAAAAGAUAUACGGAACCUCACCCAUCGUGGAAGAGGUUUACUUGUUGCCCAACAGCGUGCUGAAGGAGACGUGGAAUCGUUAGAAAACCAGAUUACGGACAGCACCCCUGAGCAAGGAAAGAUCAAUAGCCUCGAGGACUUCUUGGCAUCCAAAGAGAAGGAGCUAGAUGUGCUCGAGAGGACGUUCGCCCAGUUUGCGGAGACAAUCAAAGGUCUCAAAGCCAAACAAGCGGAUAUCGACCAGCACAGCAAGGAGGCUCAGAAAGAAAUUGCUACCAUCGAUUCCAAUAUCAGCCGAUUGGAGGUGAAAGAGGACAAGCUCAAGCACAAGCGGCAACAAGCUCUCUUUCAGAAGAACGAGGCCAUUGCGAAAGUGGCAGAUGCCAAUGUAGAAUCCGAAUUGAUCAAGGAAAAUAUCGAGAAGCAGCGUGGCACGGUUGAGGAAUUCAUCGAAGGGGCCUCGAAUAUCUCCGCGCGGGUCGCAAUCGAGCCAAACGAGACACACAGAUUUCUUGAGUCGAAGCAUGAGAGACUUUUGAAAGAGCAGGCCGACAGUACUAGAGAGCUCGGAGGGACAGUGGAAGAACUCGAACAAAAGGCCUUCGACGCCAAGAUGCUGUUAGUGAUGGCAAGGAAUCAGCAGGCGAACCUCGAACAUGCCGCUCAGAUGCUGAAGAACGCGCUCGUCAAUCGCCGUCUCCGAUGGCAGCAGUUCCGGAAGAUCAUCACCGUUCGAGCUAGGGGCGAUUUCAGAAUGAAACUCGCCGAGCGCAAAUUCAGAGGCGAUAUGAUCAUCAGCCAUACCAAGCACGAGCUGGACAUCAGGGUCGAACCGGACAUGACUCGAGGGCAGUCUCAUGGCCGUCAAACCAAAACUCUUUCGGGUGGAGAAAAGUCGUUUUCGACGAUUUGCCUGCUGCUUGCUCUAUGGGAUGCGAUGGGGUCCAAGAUUCGUUGUCUGGAUGAAUUCGACGUUUUUAUGGACAGCGUCAAUCGAUCCGCCAGUGUAUCGAUGAUGAUAUCUGCCGCUCGGGAUUCAGUGAGCCGACAGUUCAUACUGAUCACCCCGCAGGCCAUGGGGAAUGUGGAGCUGAAGAGCGACGUCAAGGUGAUCAAGAUGAGCGACCCCGAACGAGGACAGACGACCCUGAACUUCGGACGACAGAAUUGA